UUGACAUGUACUGUAAAUUCUGGACUAUACGCCACUACUAUUUCCUCACACUUUGAACCCUGCGGCUUAUAAAACGGCGCAGCUAAUUCCCAGUUUAAAACAAAUACACUGAGAAGGUGUGUUCUUCUUUGGGCUAUGGCGCCAUCUUUUGGACAAUUUGCCUCACUGUCCUUCCAUUUAGUGCUCCCCACCAGAAGAAGAUGACCACUGGCCGGAGACGGGUAGGUUGUGAGUUCAAACCCCCGGCCGAGUCAUACCAAAGACUAUAAAAAAUGGGAGCCGUUACCUCCCUGCUUGGCACUCAGCAUCAAGGGUUGGAAUUGGGGGUUAAAUCACCAAAAACAAUCCAGACUAGUAACAUCCGGUUACAGACUAGCAAUGUCCGGUUACAGACUAGUAACAUCCGGUUACAGACUAGCAAUGUCCGGAGAAAGACUAGUAACAUCCGGUUACAGACUAGCAAUGUCCAGUUACAGGCUAGUAACAUCCAGUUACACACUAGUAACGUCCAGUUACAGACUAGUAACAUCCAGUUACAGACUCAAGACGUCAGGUUACAGACUCGUCAUGUCCGGUUACAGACUAGUAACAACCAGUUACAGACUAGCAAUGUCUGGUUACAGACUAGCAAUGUCCGGUUACAGACUAGUAACAUCCGGUUACAGACUAGCAAUGUCCGGUUACAGACUAGUAACAUCCGGUUACAGACUAGCAAUGUCCAGUUACAGGCUAGUAACAUCCAGUUACACACUAGUAACGUCCAGUUACAGACUCAUAACAUCCAGUUACAGACUCAUUACGUCAGGUUACAGACUCGUCAUGUCCGGUUACAGACUAGUAACAACCAGUUACAGACUAGCAAUGUCCGGUUACAGACUAGCAAUUUCCGGUUACAGACUAGUAACAUCCGGUUACAGACUAGCAAUGUCCAGUUACAGGCUAGUAACAUCCAGUUACACACUAGUAACGUCCAGUUACAGACUCAUAACAUCCAGUUACAGACUCAUAACGUCAGGUUACAGACUCGUCAUGUCCGGUUACAGACUAGUAACAACCAGUUACAGACUAGCAAUGUCCGGUUACAGACUAGCAAUGUCCGGUUACAGACUAGCAAUGUCCAGUUAAAGACUAGUAACAUCCAGUUACACACUAGUAACGUCCAGUUACAGACUCAUAACAUCCAGUUACAGACUCAUAACGUCAGGUUACAGACUCGUCAUGUCCGGUUACAGACUAGUAACAACCAGUUACAGACUAGCAAUGUCCGGUUACAGACUAGCAAUUUCCGGUUAGAGACUAACAAUGUCCGGUUACAGACUGGCAAUGUCCGGUUAGAGACUAGUAACAUCAAGUUACAGACUAGUAAAGUCCGGUUACAGACUCGUCACGUCCGGUUACACACUAGUAACGUCCAGUUACAGACUCGUAACGUCAGGUUACAGACUCGUAACGUCUAGUUACUGACUAGCAAUGCCCGGUUACAGACUCGCAACGUCCGGUUACAGACUCGUAACGUCAGGUUACAGACUUGUAACAUCUAGUUACAGAUUAGCAAUGUCCGGUUACAGACUCGUAACGUCAAGUUACAGACUCGUAACCUGUGAAUUUGUCACGUUUCAUG